AUGCCCUCCCCGACCUCUGCUAUGGCAGAGAGCCCCCAGCCUAGCGUCGGUAGUAUCCCAAGGCCCCAGGCCCGCUCGGCAGGCAUGGCAGAGAGGCCGGGGCGUAACGAGAGUUUGUCUGAUCUAGUUCGAUUUUUCCAGACCCAGAACAUGCCCGCCCCGCCCGCUGUUACAAGCCCAGACAGUACAACUGCACUGCCGGUCGUUCAAUCCCCGCCAAAUGAUCAGGUGGAUAAAGAGCAAUUGAAGCCUCUGCAUCGCCGUCUGCUGAAAUUCACCCAGCGUCAGAAGAAGGAGUUGUCAUCGUCGCCAAAGUCUAAACAGGAAGAACAACAGCGACAGAUCGAGGCCCUUCAGAGGGAAGGAUAUCUUAUGUCGAGCUCUUCAAAAUCUUCAAAACCUGCUUCGAGCUCGAGGUCGACAAGAUCAAAGAACAGUGUCGAUCGUUCUUCGAUAUCGAAAUCCAAGAGGCACGAUCUUGAAACAACUGGCCAGCCAUGGUUGCAAAAGGAGAACAGGGGCGACAAUCCGAAAGUUCCCGGUGACAACAAAGGUCGCCUGGCCUCCCUGGACCUGGGUGAUUUCAAUCCAAUGGUUGACGUUGCCGUCUCACUGACAUCGACGGACGACUCGUCACCACCGCCCUACCAACCAUCUGCUUCGAAUGCAUCGCAAAGUCAUCAAGGCCCUGCUUCCCAGUCGACUUCAGCACCGCCGCGGCCGAGCUCCUCGGCAGAUUCUCAUCCACCGAAUUCUCAUAAACCUGCAUCUUCACUCGCCUCUACAGUCGACACUCAGAGUAGUGAGUCAGGAGAUGGCUGCGCUCGCCGGCCUUCCAACUCUACCAAUUCGAGCAUUCGUGCCGUGGAGCGUGUGAUCAAGCCCUCAUCUGAGGCUCCUAGCAACCCCCCUGCGAGUGUCCCUACCAUUGAGUCGUCAGAUCAGUCUGUGAACAGUGAACCGAAACAAGGCCAAGACCCAGAUCAACGAGUUCAAUCCCCAGACCAUCCUCCCAAUCCGCCUCCGCCUGGAGCUCCCUCACAGCCCAGCUUGAAACUCUUUCCCGAUGUUGGACCACGAGUCUCAAGCAAAAAUGCAUGGAGGCUUUCGGCAGUGCCUCGAUAUCAAACUCCCACGGGCAAGCCUUCGGCGACCAAAGAUGCGCAGGCUGAGACACCUAUUACCGUCAAACCUGCAGACAAGAAGCAGUCAUCUGACAAUCUAUCGUCGGAAUCCACAAAGGGUGAGGUGGAACCCUUCUGCUCUGGUGCUUUGGUGCCCCCGAAAGAGUCUACCGAAUCAACAAACGAGCCAGUUUCUCAAGGCCAGAACAAGUCUCGGCCGCAAUCACUGGCAAUGGGAACCCUUAAAGCUUUCCCUCUUCCAGCACCUACCAGGCCUUUGCCAUCCAUUCCUGGUGCUAAACGUAUCGCAAGUGCUCCUCUGGAUGUUAAAGCCAACUCGAGUAUCCGGGUCAUGCGCUCAGGUUCAGGGCUCAGAAUUAUGAACUUGCAGCCUUCGCAACCUUCGCCUAUUGCCGAAGACCCACGUGAGCCUGAGCCGCGCCCUGCAACCGUGCUCGGAUAUGCUGGUGAAGGAGAUGCGGCGGCUGAUCAUGAAAGCUUGCUCUCACGCACAUCACAAGAACGCCCCAACUCAACGGAGCCGGAACAGCCUACCCCCAGGCGGUGCGCAUCUAGUACCCGUGUUCCUCGCAUGCACGAUCUCCAUGAAAGCCCAACAGAACGCGAUGAUGACCAGAAAGCAGCAGAGGGGGUACCCGUUGCAGACUCUCCUGUUUUGGGAAAACAAUUCACUCCCACAAAGCCUCAAGGAAAGCGUCACGUCUGCAAGGGUCUGCAUAUCAACUCCCGGGUUGACCAGAAGAACAUUCCCUUUGGUCUGCCCUCUCCUCCUCCGACCGCAUCUCUCCCAACAAAUCCUCCCCUGGCCCCGGUUGAAUACCCAGGAAGUCACCGCAACUUGACUGUUCCCAAGGGAGCUGCGGUUCCUUCUGCAAGAAGCCUGGAUGCGCCUCUUGGUCAGACGUUCCAUAGAGCCUCGAUCAUCUCCCGCAGCGACAGUUCUCGGAGCAGCCUCCGCCAUGAGAGCAUUCCAGAAUCAUACGAGCUCAAUCACUGCGAGUCUCCUAUCCCCUCAUCGGACGACGAGGGCUUCGGCCCCGCAUCCCGGACAGUGCGUGAUCGACGUACUACUGAAAAAUAUUCCAAGUGCCAAGAUCCAGUCCGCCGUGGCUUUGAGGCUGUCGAUGCACGACCUAGCCAUGGUCGACUUCGCUAUCCCUAUCCAGCCCGACCUUUGACACCGCAGGGUCGCAACAACCAUAGUUUCGACAAGGCGGUAUCACCCCAGUCCCAAUAUUCCCAAUCAACACAUCGCUCGCGAGAGUCUCAAAGCAGCUACCGCACUGAAGCGGGACGUGGCCGCGCCUCAAACUUCCUCGAGGAUCGAGUUGCCAACCUUGAACGCCAAAAUCAAAUCCUCCAGGCUGCUCUUAUGGCAGCACUCAAUGCCGGGGCCGUCAAGAACCAUAUGUCUGACCUGCCCGACGCUUCCCUAUCCCCCAUGUUUCCCGCCGCAAGCAUGGGAAAUCCCUACCAGAACCGAUUCAACUACCGCCCAGAAAGCUGGGUCAGUUCUCCCCGCAGCAGUGAGUACAGUGGGUUUGAAACCCCAAGCUCGUUGCGUGACAGACGGGCCGAUGUCCGCCAGCUUGACAACAUGAUCGAGGACAUCGAGUCCGGCUGGCUGUCUGACAAGUCGAGUCUUAGCGGGGCUCGCAUGGCUCACCGCCGCUGA